AAGCAGACUUUUGCACCGGAAGUGUGUCUGGAGCGCGUGCUCUCCGAUUGUGAGAGCGUGCUCACCGGUAUGGGGGUCUUCUAACGUUAGUGAUCUGCAGCAGAUGAUCAUGAACUUGACAAAAUUCUCUCCGAGCACCUCUUCCUCCCUUCGUGUACAUCGUGAAAUUCAAUUGUCCACAUGGAUCUGAGUGCUGUGCGGUCUCAUCAUCAUUCGCUAUAACUAAUCUCAAGCUGUGGUCAGCUGCUAACAUCAGCCAUGUUGCGCAUAAAGGCAGCUGACGCCGAGGAGGUCUGGGAAAACAUACCUCGAAAUAGCAAAAUAUUGAUUAUCUCCGCAGGAGUAGGAUUAAUAGCAAUUGCUGGAAUAACCAGGUACAUACGCUGGAAAUAUUUUGAGCACCGGAAGUCCUCGGCCAACGGAGAUGUAAUCAAGGCGUACUGCUCCAAGUGCCGUAAGCACUCUCAUCAGGAACCAUCUAGUGAAAGCAAGACACCAGAGGCUCUUGGUGCAAUGGGGCUGGAGUCACUCGAACAAGCGAUCCAUUGUUGGGAAGAUGCAUUGAGCUUACUGAGGUCUUCAUCAGAGAAAUCAUCCCUCAUGUCAAGGUCAGACAUAGACGUCGAAACGGCUAUUCUGAACAUGCUUCGAAGUGGUCAGCAGCUGAAGGAGUCUGGCAAGGCCAUCUUUGCAAGCGAUGAGCCAUCUACCAUGACGGAAGAGAGGAAUGAUGGGGAGGAUGUCGUAAGGAAAAGGCUAGGCACGGACACAGACAGCUUUGUUUCUGCAGAAGGGGCAUCGGAUGUAGGACAGCUCUCUGACGUAGAGCAGUUUCCUCCUCCAUAUGCAGAGAACUGGCCACUGUACAUGUCAGCUGUUGCACUCUUGGAAUCAAAGGGAAUCCCCUGCAGAGCAUACAGGCUACAAGAAUUCAACUGUACCAACGAAAAUGACUACUUAGUGAGAAUGCACUGUGUCCGCCUUGCUUUUCAGCAUCUUGCUAAGCAGGAGGAUAUACAGCAGUGGUUCAUCAAUGCAGGAAGCCAGCUGCUAGCUGCCCUUUUGAUUCGUGCAGGCAAGGAUCCGAAGGAUGCGAUACAGAGCUACGAUGAAUUCAUGCUGUAUAUUCUGGACCCUCAGAAUGGGGACGAAAUGGAGAAAGAAUUAAAGGGCAGAGGAAUCGUCUGCGUAACGAUCUACGAUGUCUUCAUCGACUACAUGCUCAUGGAUGCAUUUGAUGACCUCAGCAACCCUCCCACUACUGUUGUGGCUGUCACACAAAACCGUUGGCUCACAGACGGUUUCAAGGAAACGGCUUUGUCCACUGCAGUCUGGUCUCUGAUCAAGGCUAAAAAGGCCUUACUUCAGCACUCCAAUGGUUUCUUUGCGCACUACUAUAACCUGGCAGAACACUUGACACCCGUGUUUGCAUGGGGCUUCCUUGGCACGAAUCAAGACCUGUGCAUUAUGUGUAACUUCUUCAAGAAUGAAAUUGAAGGUCUUGUCAGAGAUAUGUUCGAUCACAACUGCACCAGAUACACAACUGUAGAAGACAUAUCUACAGACAUCUUCAACAAUAUUCAUGCACGCUACGAUAAAGUGUGCCAAAGACUCCUCUUCUAAAUUGACUAACAGUACAAAACAGGGACAUUACUUAACUGUAUCAGCACCAUUGUUGUAUAUUAAUGUGGAUUUAUAGAGACUGUGGUAUCCAGCUCCAACAUUUGGCGCAUAUAUCGCCCCUUGUAGAUAGUCCAUAUCAAAGCUGUACAGCACAGAUCAAUAAAAGGUGGGAUGUGCGUA